GGAAUCUGGUGUGUCUUCGUGGCAAGUGAUGCCACUGUGAAAGGAGGAACUAUUUACCCAAUUGGAGUGAAAAAACAGUUAAGAGCCCAAGAAAUUGCCAUGGAGAACAGGCUGCUGUCUGUGCACCUUGUGGACAGUGGAGGAGCAUUCCUACCACUGCAGUCAGAGCUGUUUCCUGACAAGCUGCAUGGCGGCAGGAUUUUCUACAAUGAAGCAAUCAUGUCUGCCAUGGGAAUCCCUCAGGUGGCCGUAGUGUGUGGCUCCUGUGUUGCUGGAGGUGCCUACGUGCCCACCAUGGCCGAGGAAGCCGUGAUCAUAGAUAAAAUUGGGACACUGUUCCUGGCUGGCCCACCACUUGUAAAAGCUGCUACAGGAGAAUAUGUGUCUCCUGAGGACCUUGGAGGAGCCAAACUUCACUCACAAGUCAGUGGCUGUACUGACCAUUUUGCACCUUCAGAAAAGGAGGCCUAUGAAUGUAUUCGCAAUGUUAUCUCUACGUUAAACUAUGACCCAGUGCCAGAGGAGGACACAGAGCACGACAGUCCCCUGUACAGCUCUGAGGAGCUCCUGGGACUGGCACCACAGGACUAUAGGUGUACUCUUCCUGUCAAACUGAUUCUGAGCCGUUUGGUGGAUGGAAGCAGAUUCCAGGAAUUCAAGGCUAAUUAUGGAACAACAUUAGUAACAGGAUUUGGCCAUGUGGAAGGGUACUUGGUGGGGAUAGUGGCCAACAACGGGGAGCUGGCUCAUGAUGCUGCGCUCAAGGGCAGCCACUUUGUCCAGCUCUGUGGCCAGCGGGGAAUUCCCAUUGUCUUCCUCCAAAAUACUCCUCCACAGCCAGCAGAGCCAACAAGCAUCUCACAGGCAGAGGCUCAUUCCAACAGGCUGAAAGCCCAGGCUUCCAUGAUGGCUGCUGUUGCUUGUGCUGCUGUUCCCAAAAUCACCAUCGUCAUCGGGGGCUGUUACGGAAGUGACAGCUACGUCAUGUGUGGGAGAUCGUUCAGUCCAAACUUUCUGUUCCUGUGGCCUAAUGCAAGAGUUGCUCUUGUGGAUUCAAGAAGUUUCUCCACAGUCCCCCGAGCUGGGGACAGUGACUGUACAGAUGAAUCAGAGCUGAAACAGCUGAAGGCAAA